AUGUCGAAUCCGUCCCAGAUACAAGAGAGCGGCCUUAUGAUUGCCCAUACUGCCAAAUUAAAUUCCCUCGUGCUGAUGUUCGCGAGAAACACAUCAAGCGAUUCCACACCACAGAAGCUCUCAAGAAUCAUGGGAUUGAGAAAGUCAGACCUGUUCAAGCCUGGGAGGACGGCAAUCCGCGAAGUAGAUGCACUUGCAUUUGCGGAUGAUCUGAACGAUUGCAGCGUGAUUAACAUCUCCGCCUUCCCAGCAAGUGCCGAGUCGAUGGAGCCUCAUACUAGCAACUGCCUUACUGAAUCAACUGCAUCUGCCUUUCACUCAAAUGCUCCAGAUAACAGUGAGGUUGGGUUGCUAGAAGAGCUACGCUCUGUGCUACCAGGGCCUUCAGCCGCCUCAGUACAACGCUCGGCAUCUCCAGCAGGGCAAGAGCAGGGGCAGACUCUUCCCUCAUCCAACUUCCACACUUCGUUCGGCCACGAUAUGGGAGCGAGUUUCGGGGACAUUAGCACCACUGAGUGGACUCAUGGUGAUUUUCAAUUGAUGGAUGACAACUGGGAACUUCCUCUGCUUGAGGUCGAAACAUGGCUUCAAGAUCUUGGUAGCCCCAAGGAAACCUUUUGGACCCAGUCUCAGCCGUCCUUGUCUAACAGUCGGCGAAUUGACAAUGCCGUUAAAAUCAUGCAGGAACACUUUCAACGACGAUCGCGCGGCUCUAGUCCAGCAAUGAAUCAGCCUAAACGGCUAUGGUAUUCAGCACCACCCCUGCUUCAGAUGUACGAUAAAGAGGUCAUCAAUGUCCUUCUCAACCUUGCCCGACGCCAUCUGGGUACAACCUUCCGCGUUUUCGCUGAUUUUCAAGCAACUAGAGAUACUACCCACGAGCUAUGUCUCGCGAUGGCCGCGGUGGGCGGACUCUAUUCCAUUGUCAAGGAUAGUGCAACCAUUGCAAAGUCUUUGUAUAACGAUGCACGAAGAAUCCACCUUGAAAAGAUAUAUUCGUGGGCGUCGCCUUCGUCUUUUGACAUGGCACUCAAUUCUGUUAAAACAUUCAUCCUUCUGGCUAUUUACGGAAUCUGUAGCGGCGACAAAAGGAGCUACGAGUUCGUUGAAGUCUAUCACCUCACCGCAACGGAUGCAAUCAAGCACUGUAUACGCAUGGCGCCAACAAAGCUUGAAUCGGCCCAGCACCAAGAACUGUUAUCAACCUUCGAAGCAGUAGACAUUCUGGAUUGCUAUUUUGUAGUCCUUCUCCAGCGCCCUCCUUAUCAUUUAUCUCUGCCACUUGACCGCAGUCAACAAUUGUCCGCCUUCAAACUCGACAUGACUGCGCUACUUCAACCAGACCGCCCGCUCACGUCCAUCUGCGGCAGCCUGCGCGAAGUUGCAGUCCUGAGCAUAUACACAUGGGCUGCGAGCCCCCGAGGGCGCGAGUACUCACGUGUGCAGCAGCUGUGGAACCCAAACUUCAUUGAACUCGCCUUGGAACGCUGGGUAAAUUCAAUCCCAUCUUCUAUGAUGAUGUCGGAGCUUCCAUCCAUCUUGAUCUAUCAUUUAUCUCAUCUUCAUCUUCAAGUCAAUUUUGGGAUUCUUCAACGAUUUUCUCACAUCUUCGUGAAAGUACCAGACGCCCCUUCGGAGAAGAAGAUCUUUGAUACGAUACGCGAGUGUAUCUGUGCGCCAUCUUUUAGGGCUGCCGUAUGGCAUUCUCAUGCCAUUAUUCGCGUCGUCAGGGAGAUGGUUGCGGCAUCUGGGCGACGGCAGCUGCGUAUCUCAGAGCAUGCUCACAUAUUUGAGCCUCCACACCUACCAUAUUGUAUUUAUUUCGCUACACUAGUGGUAUGGUACCACGAAUAUGUCAAGAGUGGACUUGUCUCCGCAGCUAGGGAGAUGUGUCUAGAGAACGGUAUACAUCUUCUGAGUAUGCUCAAAGUUCAAGUGGCGAAAGUGCUCGCGAACGCGCUACGCGAGCUUUUCCCCCAGCAGAUCAUCUAG